GUUCGGCUGACCGCGUCGUACGGGCGACCGCUGGCGCGAGUCGCAAUACAUUCCCAGCCUGACAAUUUGGCAAAUUUUAGAGAUUUCUAAAGCGAGCGUGAAGCUUAGGCACAAGAGAAAGCUGCGAUUAGGCCUUUCGUUUAGUUUGAAGGAUACGCACUUAGUCUUCAAUUUCUCAAAGAAAAGUGACGUCUUCAGUUGGCCGAUAAAGCGUGAGCUUCAAAGAUGCCGCAUACAGAACUGGCCACCAUCGCCUGCAUAUUCGCAGUCUUGGCAGCCUUGCACGGGGCGUCCGCUUUGGUUAUCUGUACGCCCAGCCCACAGUCGUCCAACAUCGGCGACCGUGCCACCUGCCCCUUCACGAUGACCACGGACGUGGACCCGGCCCGGAUCCCUUCGGAGUUGCCCGUCACCAAGUGCAACUGCCCGGACAGUCGCUGUAGUGACGUGGGCGACUACCGCUGUCAAGAGGUGAGGAGCACGUUCCGCGUGGCGUACCGCGUCGGCGGUGGAACCUCGUCGGAGUUGACCAACAAGACGGUGGAACUGACCACGUCGUGCGUGUGCAUCGUCAACAGGUCGGCCGGAGCGGUGUGGGGUGGCCAGCGAACCACAGGUGGAGAUCCCCAUAAGCCGGCGCGGUUCAAGUAGCGUCGGUUGAGUCGUGAUUAAGCGUCAAAGCGUGUGUUUGUGCGAUUUGUCGCGUUUUGUCGCUAAGAAGUUUAUGUGCAUGCCUCUGUGUUUCGUGCACGGAUUGUCGCCGCCGCGAGAACCCUUGAAGAAUGAAUUGUGUCCUUGUUCAAUGCUGCAUUGCUGUGUGUGAAAGUGUUCGGCAAGUCGACGGCUAAAAUUUCACCUUGAUCUUUUUUUCUGCGUCAGCGAGAGAAGUUGUCUUUUGCUGCCAUUUCUUUGUAUUUCUUAUUUUUGUUUUAGGUUUUUCGUUUUUUUUUCGGGGAAGAGGUGCGGCGUUGCCAUCAAAGAGAAUAUAUGCGUUUCUCUAGUUAUGGGGAUUAACAGCUGUUGGUAUAAUUGAUGAUGUUAUUUUCUUAAUAUUUGGCCGACACGUUUGCAACUAUAGUGCUCUUACCACACUGAAAUAUUUUGUGCAUUACAGUCAAUGAGAUGUACAGUUCUGGGCGAAUGAAAUGCAAUACUCGGGUCGCAAGGUAGCCGGCACAUUUUGCUCCAUCGCAGAGCACUAAGUGAUCGCUGAGUGACCUUCAUCGUAUAACACUAUUAGCCAGCUUGGUGUUCCCAGCGCUCAAGCUCAAAAAGCACCGGUAGCCACGCGGUCCGAGUGUUGCCUUUUAAUCACUGAACCCUGUUCUAAUGGUUUUACACAGUCCCGUAAUAGUCGCUAAACAACAAUGCCAUUUUUAUGCGGAGGACAAGGUAACGGAUUCAAUUUUCACAACGACGGCCGUAUUUUAAUGCGAGCGCAAUGCGACUUCAAAUCGUACGUCAAGAUUUUGGUGCACCGUUAGCAGCCCCAGACAGUGAAGUGUUCCUGUAGCAAUCCGUCAUCUAGUGCAUCCCUUAUGUAACCUGCUUUGGAACUGAAUUGCAACUCAAAAUCAAUCUCUUUGAAGUAUUCCGCCAUAAUGCCGCAUGCAAGUUUAAUUUCUAGGCAUAUGCUUGUAAUGUGCUCCUGCAUUGACUGCCGAACAAUGUCGGUGACCCGAUUCACGUUUCACGCCAGAAAUGAGUUUUGCUGCAGUACAUAUGUUCCUGACGUAACCGCGCUACACAACGCUUACGUGAAAAUAAAGUGAAUACUUUUAUAUCA